AUGGAAGACGACAGUGAGGUAAAAAUGCAAGAUAUAGUUUUAUUGGAUAACGAAGAUCAAGAAAAUACUACAAGCAACAAAAAAAAAAGAAGCACUAUCACUGCUACAAAUCUCUAUAAAGAUCGUAUAAAGGGAGUUGCACAGAAAAAAUCGAUUCGACCUUCAAUUUCUCCAGUUACACCAUCUAAUACACCAUAUGUUUCGCAAACAUGGAAGAAAUAUUAUGAGCAAAUGAUGGAAAAUAAAGAACAAACAAAGAUCAAUUUGGAAUGGAUUGACUUAUCUAGUAGACUUCAACAGACGUAUACAAUAUAUAUACAAGAGAAGAGUAAAACCUAUGUAUUUGAAACUGAAAGAAAUAAAGCUAUUAUUAAUAUUUUAAAACAAUCUAUUCCUGAAGAUCAUAAUUCGGAAAAAAUGCGUUGGAAAAGGGUUUAUGAUUUACUUUUGUCAUUAGUAAUUAGUGGUGAAAAAUUAACAAUUCCUUUCGAGUUGUAUCACAAAAUGCUAAGAGAACUGAAUAUGACUAUUAAUUAUCUACAGUCAGUAGAUAAAGAUGAAUUUGAGGACUUCAAAAAUUAUUUUUUGGACAAUUGCAGUAAAAUGACAAAUUCGUGGUACUGCUAA